AUGGCUAGUUUAUUUUCAGGUGUUAUGCUAGAAUCUGAACAGCAGCAACAGCUAACUGAUAAUAGAUCAUUGGGAGGAUGUCAUCAAGGUACCCCUGUAACUCCACAGCAGCAACAACUGACCUUUCUGGUGACAACUCAGCAACCGUUACCUUCUGUUGGUCAUGUAAUUGGACAACAACAAUCAGUUCAGAACCAAAACUGUUAUAUGUCGACUGGACAAGUGACAAAUGCCCUGAACUGUGUACCCUCACCUGUACCUUCAAGAACAACAUCCUCCACACCGCAUACUCAUUCUUCGGCAAUUUCUUCCUCAUCUCCUCUUUCUGCCCAAUCGACGAGUGGUGGUCAGUGUUCGGUUCAGUUGCGAGGCACUGCUUCAUGUCCGCCACAAUCCUUAAACCCAUCUCCGCUCUCAUCAACUCGAGUUAAUGCACCUUCCCCUUUGCAAACUUCUUCAAAUGCAGCUGCUACAGUUACUCACUUCCAACGACAACAUUCUGUGUCGUUCACACCAGGUAGUGGUUCACAUGCAGAACAUCUUCGAUCUACAACGAGAAGUUUCGAUGGAGAAUACGAUAACAUCCAUCAGCAACAGCCGAUCAUGUGCGAUGCUCCAUCACAACAAAUGCACCAUACUUUACAGCUGCAGCAAGCUCGUGAACAGCAUAUUUUGCAGUCUUCUCGUAUGCAACAACACCAACAGCAACAGCAACAACAAAAGUGCUUGAAGCAAUCGACAACAUUAAAUCAGCAAGGGCAGCAUCAGAAUCUCCAACUGCAGCAGCAACACUGUCAGCAACAGCAAAUACUGCAGCAACAACAACAUUGUCAACAGCCUCAAAUAUUGCAACAACAACAACAACAACACCUUCAAGUGUUGCAACAACCGCAACAACAACAAAAUUUUCCACAUCAAUCGCAAAUAGUUCAGCAGAAACAGCAAGUACAAGUGCAGCAGAUACAACAGUCGCAGCAAUUACAGAUGCAGUCACAUGGAUAUGUACAGUUCCCACUGCAGAAACAAUUAAAAAAGCAUUUCACACACCAACGUGAUGACGGUGACGAGGAGGAAGAGGAAGACAUGCAGCACCGACCACUGACAGCGAAAGAAGAAUACAGGGAACUGAAACAUCGAUUCAAAUUUCUCGUCUAUGAGAAUGAAUGUUAUCAAGAAGAGCUGCGAAACUUGCAAAGAAAGUUGUUGAAGCUUUCACGAGACAAAAAUUUCUUAUUAGAUCGUUUGUUGCUGUACGAAAAACUGAGUGACUCAUCAGAUGAAUCGGAUUCGUCAGUAAAAACUGUCGAGGAAAAAGCGCCACCUAAAAAAAAAUCUCGCCCGCCUGCUUCAAGGCGUCGUUCAACAAAUGCGAGGUCUAAAGGUGCAAGUAGUACCAAUUAUAUAGAUUCAGAUACAACAAAGAUUUCGUUAACAGAACAGCAACAACAGCCAUCGGAACAGCAGCGACCACCAGUGCAAGCUACAGAAGCAACUACCAGUGUCGGUGUUCCGGUUUGUUCUGCCUCGGAUGUGAGCGUCAGAGAACGGCGUGUUCCUGUUCCAAUUCCAGUGUGUUGUCCGUCAGAACGGAGUAUCAAAAGAGAAGCUGUAAUCGGUGCUCCUACAGCUGAAGAUGCGGUAUUUGAAGAAAAUCGAAGCGGUCAGUUCUCAUCAUCUGCUUUUACUUCACCUCGAUGA